AUGACAAUAAGUAAAGAUGUAAACGAAAAUGUAAAAAUAAAAGCUUAUGAAGUAAAGAAAGUGAAAGAGACAAAAGUAAAAGAGUGUGCAUGUCCAACAAGCAAAAUUCACAUUGAACGGAUAAGCAAACAUUUCCUGACCGAAACAACAUCAAAAGAAGGCACAUUAUCUCGAAUACUUCUCACGACAAUGAUCUUUUUCACUCUCGUUAAUAUUCAAAACAACAACAACAAAAAACCAAAUCAGCACCACAGAAAAUUAACAACCUUAAAAAAGUCAAUAAAAGCCGUGGUCGCCAUGGUAACGUUCUGCGCUACAUUGUCAACUGCACAGCUGUCGUUAGCCGGAAAAUCGAAACUAUUUCUUUCCGGAAUUUCCCAGAGGGAUAGUGUGUUCUUACGUAACUUAUUUCCGGUAGCUAAUUAUAGACGAGCGGAAAGGGCGUCUGACGUGGAAAGUUAUGGAAGUCAUCACGAACGACGAAAUAUAAAUUCCAAGUUAUUUGAUUCGAGGUUGACAACUUUGUCUUCAUCAUUGUUGUCGAUGUCGCUAUCUUUAUCCUCGUCGUCAACAUCAUCUUCAUCGUCAACAUCACCGCCAUCGUCGUUAUCAUCGUCAUCGUCGUCGUCAUUUUCUUCAUCAUUAUCACUGCCCACUUCUCUGUAUCCAUCAUUAAUUUCAACGACCAGGCACAAAACUGAAAUCCCGUUUGCUACAACAUCGUCAACCACACAUACGUCAUCAUCGACAGAAACGCCGCCGUCAAUGUCGUCAUCGUUUUCGUCGUCAUCAUCGUCGUCGUCGUCUUUCUCACCACCACUGCAGCUUCAAAUUCGACCACUUCAGCAGCUACCUCCAUCAUCGACUGCAGCACAUCCUUCAAACAACCAAGAUGAGAACCGCCAUCUUGUCGUCAUCGUCGUUCUCAGCAUCCUCGUCAUCUCCGCCAUUUUUUUUACCAUCUUCCGGUUGAUGGUGAAAGCAGAAGCACACACGGUGAAGUCGACGGACAGCUGUCGCAGCAACCGCGAAAGCCUCAUCUUCAGUGACAGGGACAAUGCGUUCUCCAUGGACGAGUUCUCGUGA